AUGAGUCGACGUGGUGGCCAUCAAAAAUGGGAUGCUAAGAAAAUGACAAUGAAAAAGCUCAUUUAUUAUGACAGCGACUUAGCAUCGAGGUUUGAUGAUGAUGAUGACGAUGGAAAAGAAUUCGAUCCACGUCUGUUCAAAGUACAAGGACGAAGCAUUGGUUGUGCGUAUGGGCGCGGUGGAAGAGGAAAAGGUAAUGGAAGAGAUCGCGUGUCGUUAAAAGUUCAUCUUGAUAACAGACGUGACAGGCAGCUGCAACGUGGCGCCGGUGGUAGUGCUACCACUACUGCAGUUGUUAUGAAUCAGAUUAAGGUUGUAAGAGGAGCUGCGAUUGGAAAGGAUUUUAUUAUGCGAUCAAUCGGACAAUAUAUUGAUGACGUAAAACCUUUGUUGUUCAAAGUGGAUCGAGGCGACAUAACAUUUUUUAUUGAGGAUGACGACACAGCUGCUGCAAUCCACGCAAUAUCAAGGCGUGUCCGAGAUCCGAAUACGAAUGCGCCUAUUACCUUUCUGUUAUCACGAGUAUCAGCCGGUUUUGCUACAAUAUCAAUGAAUGAAAGAGAGCUGAUUGCGGAAUGUUUGAAGAAACGCUAUAACGUGGAAACACAUGCUCUUGAUUUGAGUGAGUUCGGUUUAGAUGAAUUGUUCCGCUCAAGAAGUUUGCAUCUUUCUUUAACUCGUAACAACAUUAUGAUGGCAGUUGUUGAUUUGAUUGAUCAGCAUUAUGGAGGUGUAACAGCCUUAAGCAUGAAGGGGAACCGUCUUCGCUUCUUGGAUUUCUUUGCAUGUCUUCUUUAUCGUAUCAAAAAUGUUAAAACAUUAGAUUUAUCGGCUAAUCAGAUCGACAAGGAAUCAGAAUUGGAAAAGCUGAAAGGAUGGCCGGUCGAGACAUUAUUUUUUGAAAACAAUCCUUUGUGUGGUUCAUAUUCAUCAGCAGAAGCUUAUUUAAGCGCUAUUCAUCGUGUCUUCCCGAAGGUGACCAUGCUGGAUGGUAUUCCGGUCCAGCCAUCUGCUUCCUCUGCAGUACCAGAUUUAGAUGAAAAUGCCAGGUUACCUCCAUUUAAGCCAAGCUUUUACGGCACCGAUGAUCAUCGCACUCUUAUCGAAGCAUUCAUUGUUGAGUUUAUGUCAGCAUAUGAUGACCCGGAUAUUAACAACAGGAAAAAUCUGAUUAAUGCUUACGAUGAAAAUGCUACAUUUACAGUAUGUGCGGAAAAUUUAACAGAUGCAAAUGAAAGAAAGCCUUAUUUCAACCCAAGUAUAUAUAGUACGUAUCGUAAAACUUCGCAUAAUAUCAAGUGUAUGGAAAGAUGGGAACGUUUUCGAGAAAAAGUGAUAUAUAAAGGAGCUAUGGAUAUUAUUGUUGCACUACGAAAACUUCCUGUUACCAAACAUUUGAUGGAUACAUUUUUGGUUGAUGUUUCUUUAAUAACUGAUAAGCAUAUAUGUUUCGCUGUAGAAGGUUUUUUCCGUGAUGGUUUGGAGAAAGUUGGUGAUGACGACGAACUCAGAUUCUUUUGUCGUAAUUUUGUUGUUGUGAACAAAGGUGACGGAAAAAUAGCAGUUGUCAAUGAUAUGUUAUUUGUCAGUGGAGUAUUUACUGAACGGAUACAACGUUAUAAAUCAAUGAUUAUGAAUUCCUUAAAGAUACCACCAGAUGCCGCAGUUGCAACAACGGAUGCAAUGGGUGGAAUGUCCAUAGCAGAUGGUGUUCAGAGCCCUAUUGUAUCAAUCUCUGAGCAACACGCACCAACAUUGGCGGAGCGUGCUGCGGCAGGUGACGAACAGAUGCAGCGACAAAUGGUUGAAGCAUUUUGCCGGGAAAGUCGAAUGAAACCAGAGUGGUCAAAGAAAUGUUUGAUUGAUCAAAAUUGGAAUUACGAGGCUGCGGGGCAAGCAUUUCUAGCUGUACGUGAUAGGAUUCCGGCUGAAGCUUUUCAACAGUAG